AGUGUAGCACCAGAGUGAAGCGACUUAUUCUUUAUUCUUCUUGUUGGUGGCAACACAAUCGCUCUACUGCUGUCCAUGUCGUCGUGCUAGCUCUUGAAACAAAAUUCUUGAUCUUGACCUUCUGAAAGAAAAGUAAAACAUAUACAAAAUGCCCGCCACCGUUCUCGAGUCCUUUUUCCGCACCAGCCCGUCAAGAGCACGAACAUUCUGCUUCGCAUUUUUUUAGCAAAGCAAGCCAAACAGGAUUGCAAAACUGCUUGUCCAGCUGCAUCUUGCCGCGGUGCAUCAGUUCUUGUACCAUAAAAAAAUAAAUUUACCUCAUAGCGAAACACAAGCAGUUGUUUCUCUUCUUCUUGGAUUAGUCCCAUGGUCGACAAGCUGUGGCCGAAGUUCGUGAAUAAUCUCGUGAAGACGGAUAUCGUAGAAAAAAACAAAAAGUGUUUCAGUGCUGUACGGAUUUUCUCACCAGUUUUGCAUAACAAGCGUCCCCAUCUAUAUGUUGACAAGGAAAUCAAUUUCGAAUGAUUGUCCAAGUGUAGUACUACUUCUGCCGCAGAACAAAACUACAAUAGUCAUCCACUGUGGUCGUGUACUACCAUAAGUAGCAAGACGAACACUGCGGUCUUCGAUGGAUGCAUGUUGAAUUACAAAUUCACAGUGAGACAGCUUUUUUCUAUGAUUCCGAUGGCCAACACGCUGCAGGAUCAUGCCCUAAAGGGUAAAGCUCCUGAGGAAGACCAGGUCCCCGAGGGAGACAGAAUCGACGAUGAAGCAGGACCAGAACGAGCAGGAGGUUCAUCAGGGUCUUUCGGGGCUAACGCUGGACCUGCUCCAGGAAGGGGGAACGGCCGCACGGCCCACGGAGUUGAUGACGCGAAAACAACCGUAAGCAGCCACCCCGAGGAGGAGGACUAGGAAGACAAGCAAUAGAUGGACGAUUCUGCAAGCGCGGGGGCCGAACAGCGAUGAGAGCAGGCGUUGCUGAAUUACAUUUGAGUGUGUGGAAAUGAAUAAAAAUAAAAAUGACUGAAUAUCCUUUUAUUUUGAGUCAUGUAUAAAUAUAAUUUUUAAAGAGUAGGUACAGUGCAGGAGCACAAGCACAACUCUGACUAACACUAAAGGCACUGAGUUUAUUUACAGUACUGACGCGCUUCAUUUUCAUACUACUAGCAUGCAUUGGGUAGUCUAGUGGAGUCCAUGGUCGGGAUCAUCGGAAGGCGGUCAACGGAGCACGAUAAAGCUUACCGAGGAGGCCCCGCCGCUUGUUACAAUAUCGGGGCGAUGCGAGUCAUGCCCGCGCUUCCUCGGGGUUCUGCCUGUCUGACUCAUCUACAUCUUCUAUAUUGUAGCCGAUGGCGCUUGCGCCUCCAAACAAACAGCCACAAGAACCAACAGGCCGGGCGAAAUUUAUCUUCUUCCCUAUUUCGGCCCAAGCUACGUCGGGGUCGCGGGUAUUAAAACGGGCCGGCCCCCAUAAGCGUGUAACCCUUGGGCCGUCACACUCCGGCGGCGCGAAAAUCUCUGAAAAAAAAAAAGAAGAGCGCCGUCGACGUAACUAGAAGGCAAGCGCCCCGAGACCCAAAACCCAAACCCUUGAACCGUUUUCACUUUUGUAUGCAAAGUUGAGAAGUUUAGAGAUCUUUCCAAACGUUUACGCGUUUGGUCCAAACGUUUAGUUCCGGGGGUGCAGUUUAGAUUCUGGUAUGUUAACCAAAAAAAACAAUGUCCGCGACGCCUAGUUGUACUUUUUACCACGUUUCUGCGCAUGAGUAAAA